AUGACGCAGCGCUCCUCCAAGAUGGCGCUGGCGGGAGCUGCCGCAGGUCGAAACCUGAUUGCUUUGUUGAAGUCAUGCAGAGGGAGUGUGUUUAUUCCAGGCGCACUCGAACAGCUUGAGCUCUUGAACAAUACCUUGACCCUUGCCCUGACAGGCGGCGUGGCGCUCCUCAACGCUGCCUCCGCCUUCGUGGCUGCGCCGACGACGCAGCCCGCGCUCAGGGGAGCCGCCACCACAAAGGCGCAGGUCCAGACCUCCGGUGCCAGUUCCUCCCUGUCCGCGCUGGCUGCUGGUGGCGCCGUGGCCGCAGCUGCCAUGGCAGCUGGCGCCCGGCCAGGACGACAGGCUCGUGGCACACCACUUCCGACCACAGUGGUGCCAACCAAGGAGAGCGCUGUGACGCGUCGUGCUCUGGACCAGUCCAGCCGCUACGCCGACCUGUCCCUGGAUGAGGCCACCCUCGUGAAGAAUGGCAAGCACGUCCUGGUGGCCUACAUCAUGAAGCCCAAGGCGGGUUACGACUACCUGGCCACUGCUGCCCACUUCGCCGCGGAGUCCUCCACGGGAACCAACGUGAAC